AUGGUUUGGGUCCGGAUGUUAAAGGUGCUGGCCAUGGUGGCACUCACGAUCACCUUGCUGAUGCUGGCGCAUUCACAUGCUCUGUUCUCGUUGAUGAGUGGCCAAGAGUCGGCGUUUGUGAUCGAAAGGCAGAGAGGGCAGAGUCCACUGGAUGUCGAAGUUGAGAAGAUGCCUACCGUGAUCACAGCCUUGGACCACCUCGAGCGAAUGAUGUUGCACGUGGAGCAGAUGUCUUCGAGGCUUAUUAGAAGCGCUCAGCUCACAAGCACGCAGAGCACUGUGAACGGAAUCCAGCUUCCUGAGCUGGAGCAGAGUUUGGAGGCUGCAUACUGGUUUCAGCGUCAAGAGCUGGACAAAUUGCCGAGUCCACACUUUUCAGGUCUCGAACCGAACUGGCCCUGCUUCUGGGGCAAGGAGCUAGUCGGGGGUGAUCUUGGUGAUGCCGGCAGGUGGAUCUGCGGGGCAGGCUUUCUUCGAGACCCCUGCGUGAUGUACUCCUUCCGUUUUGGCAAUGCCGGCAACAGCAAGUUCGAGCUUGCGGUGGCCGGCUUCGGGUGCGCCGUACACAUCCAUGAUCCCACCGAUGCAGCACCGGAAGGCCUUGAAGAACUGAGCUCUCACUUCCACAGCGUAGGACUUGGGGACCACGAUGGCAAGUUGGAGCUGGGACGUGGUUCUUGGCACCUCACACGACUGAAAGGGAUUCCUGUGCAAACUCUGCAGACCAUCAUGAGGGAACACGGUCAUCGCCACCUUGACGUGCUGAGAAUCGACAUCGAAGGCCUGGAGUAUUCUGUGAUUUCGAGCCUGAACGCGUCUGGCUGGCCUUCGAUCGGCCAAGUGCUCAUCGAGGUGCAUGUUCUGAAGCCCCCGAGGUACCGGCAGUGGCUCCUCCAGCUGGUAGGUCAGCUUGAGUCGGCUGGUUUUCGCUUAGUCCACAAGGCUCUCAAUAUCCAAUCCCCCCAUGGCUGCCUCCGAUACACCUUCAUCCAGCGAGGUUGGAGGCCAGAAAUCAAGGAGUACAGCAUGACCUCCACGCAGCACUCCUGA